AUGCCGAAAGCAGUAAAAUUACAUAGUAAGGGGAAACCUACCAGUAUACAGAAAGCAAAUAAAAUAGGCAAGGAUAAUUCAGAUAAUAGAGAUUCUGAAGAUACUACUAGAGAGUUUCAACUACAGCUAUGUUGGUGUAUACAGCAGUUAGAACGUUCCUUAAACGAGAAAAAAGGCAACGAAAAACAGUUGCAAGAAGCAUGGAAGGUGUUAACUGUACUGAAAAAUAAUAAUCAACCCAUAAUUAGAAAGAGACAAUUAAUGAGAACACAUUUUGGUGACUACAGGGCGAAAAUGGCAGCAGAAGAAAAAAAAUUAGCAAAAAUGGCAAGUAAAAUGAAAAUAUCAGAGAGCCCUGCACAACCAAAAGCCACAUUUCUGAGAAAAUCUGCAUUUCUGACUACAGGUGAUAGUUCAUUUAGAUUCAAUUUUAAUAUUCCUCCAGAAACAAACGAUAACAGUAACACUGGCAGCAAUACAGUAAUUAAAAAUGACAAUACUGAAGUUUUAGAUGUGUCGUUGAUGUCAGACGUCAGGUCUUCUUGUGUUAAUAAAGAAACAUUCAAAGAUAAUAAAAGUGAAACAAAAGAAAAUGAGGAAAAAAAGUUUAAAUUUACUUUUUCUUCUACUGAUUUUAAGUUUAAUUUUAACGUUGACGAUUCUUAA